CGAAGAAGUAGAUUUGGUAUAAAACAGACCAACACCCACUUGACAUGUCGUUCGUUAUCUCCCUAUUUAUAAGUAGAAAUUACAAGUCCAUCAAAGCAUCAUACCAUCCAAAAAGAUUCAUAUGCUCUCAGAAUGGAAGCUGAUGUAUCUAUCCAUCCAUUGUAAUUAUUGUUUGUUUUGAGGGAUAUCAUAUAUCAUAAUAUUAUAUAUCAUAGUUUGGGUUUCUCUGUCUGUUGAAUAUUCAUCGGAAAUUGUUGGGUUUUUGUUUUGGAUUGAUGGGCACAAUGAAUCUGGUAUUGGUUUUGAUGGUGCUUCUCGUUGGAACAUUUGGUAUGGCGGAUGCCAAUGUGGUCUUGAUUGGGAACAAUGUUACCCUCUCUUUCGAGGACAUUGAAGCUAGUUUUGCUCCGGCAGUCAGGGGUUCUGGGGAGUGUGGACUGUUGUAUUUGGCUGAGCCAAUUGAUGCGUGCUCGACAUUGACUAAUGAAGCCGGACCGGGCACGAAUUACAGCUCCCCUUUUGUGUUGAUUAUAAGAGGAGGGUGCAGUUUUGAGGAGAAAGUUAGAAUAGCUCAAAAGGCUGGGUUCAAAGCUGCAAUUGUAUAUGAUAAUGAAGAGGAUGGCGUCUUGGUUUCAAUGGCAGGAAGUUCAACUGGUAUAAAAAUAUAUGCAGUUUUUGUUUCAAAGGCUUCUGGUGAAAUACUAAAAAAGUACGCUGGACUCACUAACAUAGAGGUGUGGCUGAUUGCAAGCUUUGAGAACUCUGCAUGGUCAAUCAUGGCAAUCUCCUUCAUUUCCCUGCUUGCCAUGUCUGCAGUAUUGGCUACUUGCUUUUUUGUUCGCAGACAUCGCAUAAGACGAGAAAGGCCUCAUGCUUCUCAGGUGCGAGAGUUUCAUGGGAUGAGCAGUAGAUUAGUAAGAGCAAUGCCAAGUUUGAUUUUUACUGCCGUUUUAGAGGACAACUGUACUUCAGUAACAUGCGCAAUAUGCCUCGAGGACUACAGUGUUGGAGAGAAACUUAGGAUUCUGCCAUGUCGUCAUAAGUUCCAUGCUUUCUGUGUGGACUCUUGGCUUACAUCAUGGAGAACCUUUUGCCCUGUUUGCAAGCGCGAUGCAAGAGCCAACACGAGUAAUCCACCAGCUUCAGAAUCGACACCAUUGCUUUCAUCUGGCCCACCCUCUGUGGCUUCCUCUGUACUGUCAUCUAUGAGAUCUUCAUUGGCAUCAUCUUCAGCCAUUCAGAUAGUACCAGCAUCAUCAAGGUCUCCAUCUGUUUCUCAUCUACACUCUCUAUCUAGCACAACAUACAUCCAGCAGUCUCUCAGGUCGUCCUUCCGCCAAUCCCCUUCUAUGAGUGUAAGCCGAAGCUCAGUAGACCUGCGGAAUUCCUCAUCCCAAAGGUCUCAUGCUUCCUAUUAUAUUUCGCCCCACUCUUCAUACUACCCGUCUUUAUCACCACUGAACUCAAGAUAUCUAUCUGUACCCAUUCCAAGCCCGAGCAAUGCUUCACCAAACUUCAUGAGUUCUUCCAGUCAUCAACAGCAUCCACUACAUUGUAGUGAGUCAGCUGCAACCUUUUCGCCAUUUGCUUCUGCUCAUUCGCUUCCUGAAUGCUGAUUCCAAAUUGACCAUAUAGUUGAGUUCAUUGGAUACAUGCCAAGUUAUAAAAGGGAGGUAAAGGACGAUGUUUUCACCACUUUUGACUUCAGAUCACUAGUUGCAAUAUCACGACUGGGCUCAUUCUCAUGUAAAUGCUUGCUAUCUGAUCGACUUUGCAUCAUGUGUCUUCAUGCCACCUCACGUGUAUAUUAUAGCAUCAGGUUGUCUAUAGUUCUGAUCUAAUAGUGUAUAUGGGGUUGCAUCAGACAUCUAUCGGAUACUGAGGAAGUCAAAGACUGCAUUCUGUGCUGAAUUGUGAUGAAUAUUUGCGUUUGAUUUCGGCAUUGGUGAGAUAUUAUUAACCACGAAUGUGAGCUGUGUACAAAUAAAGCUUAUAGAAAUGCUAGUUUCUGCUUGAAUUUGUCAAUGCAAGUUUGUGCUUGUUAUCUCU